GGGUGGUUGAGGUGGUGUUGUGCAUUCGCGGUUUCAUCGUGAUGAAUGCAGUGAGUCUGCGUCUCGCCUGCCGGACUCUUCCUGGUUUGAGCUCUAGAGCCGCCGCUGUCAUCGCAAGAGCUCGUCUGUCUCACUGUCUCCAGAGUUUACAGUUUCGACGCGCUCUUUCUUCUUGUCGUUUUAUUAUAAUGGAGAAUUACGUGCUCUUGUCGCCCUGACCGGUGCGUUUCUCUGCGCAAGGCACAUCUGAGAUCUUGGUUUGUGGUGUUUCUCAUUGACCUGACCAGCAGGUUUCUUUUACCAACAUACUUCUGCUGACAGAUACACACUUGUGCUGCAGGUAUGGGCUUCGCGGAGGAUCUGUGGUGCCCUCAGGGUCACGCCGCCCUAAUGAAACUACAAGACUCUGAGCUGCGUUUGAUGGAGGUUAUGAAGAAAUGGGUGACGCAGCGGGUCAAGAGCGAUCGCGAGUUCUUCGUGCAGCUGCAUCAGAUGUCAGCCAUUGUUGAGAAGCUGGAAGGAUCUCAGCCCGGGGGAGGUCUCGACUACAUCAGCCAGUUCAAUAAGUCGUGGAACGUGCUGGUCAGUCAGACGGAGAGCCUCAGUCGUAUCAUGCGCAAGCACUCGGAGGAUCUGAUGGUGGGACCCCUCAGCAAACUCACCCUCCUCAUCCGGGACAAGCAGCAGCUGAGGAAGACUUACGGGGAACAGUGGAACCUUCUCAACCAGGAGCUGUGCAGGGUCACCCAAACUGAGUUGGACCGGCUCAAGUCCAGUUACAGACAGCUAGUACGGGACGCGACACAGGCCAAAAGAAAGUACCAGGAAGCAAGCAAAGACAAAGAACGCGAGAAAGCGAAGGAGCGCUACAUCAAAGCCACUCUGAAACUGCAUGAGCACCACAAUGAAUAUGUGCUGUCGGUGAAGGCUGCGCAGGUGCACCACCAAUUCCACUACGGCCAAAGCCAGCCGGCCCUACUAGGAGCCCUGCAGACGCUGCAGGAGGAAAUGGUGCUUAUUCUGAAGGAGAUUCUGCAGGAGUAUUUCGAUCUGUCUAGCGUGCUUCAUGAUGAGGUGGUUAGUGUUCACACUGAAAUGGCCAAUGCCCUGAAAGCCAUCCAGCCACAGAGAGAGUAUGAGAACUUCAUCCAGCUGAACAGGUCGAGAGGAGAGGUUCCUGCAUGUGUGGAGUUUGAUGGCAGUUUGUUGGAGGACGCUGAAGAUCUGAAGCCUGAAGAUCUGCAGCUCAAUGAGCUCACAGUAGAGGGGAUCCAGCAUCGGCUCACCGCUGUGGAGGAGGAGCUCCUGGGUCUCGCUAGUACUCUUGGUUCUCAGCAGGCCACCGUCAACCAGCUGGAGCUGGAUCUGCAGAAUGAGGAGGGCUCUGCGAACACAGGCCAGAGGGUGUAUCUGUUCAGUAAGCGUAAUGCUCUGGAGGACAGCAGACAGCAGGUAGUUCUGUCCAUGGUGGCUCGAGCUCGCCUGGAGGCCCAGCGGAGGCUUCUGGCCGAUAAACUUGAGACUCUGGGCAGCAAGGAGGCUCUACCUAUAGGCCUGGAUGAUGAUCGGAUAUCUGUCACAUCCAGCAACUCAGAGCAUGAUAAAGACCAUAAGCUCCUCAACAUGGAUGUAAUCGUGAGCCAUCUCAGCAGCUUGUUCAAGCCCAAGUAUACGGUGCCCCCCGCCCUGGCGCCGGUGUCCGAGGCGGAGAAGCCCUUGACCCAGCAGAGCUGGUAUCACGGUGCCAUCCCCCGUCUGGAGGUGCAGGAACUGCUGAAGAAUGAUGGCGACUUCCUGGUUCGAGAAAGCCAGGGCAAACAAGAAUUAAACUACGGUAUGUAUCGUCUUGACGGUGAAGGCUUCACCUCUGUACCGCUGCUAAUAAAGCACCUCAUCAGCUCCCAUCAAACGAUCACAAAGAGGACAGACAUUGUGCUGAAGAGACCCAUUGUUAAGGAUAAGUGGGUGUUGGAACAUGAUGAUGUCAUUCUUGGACAGAGCAUUGGUCGGGGUAACUUUGGUGAGGUGUUCAGUGGGCGCCUGCGUUCAGAAAAUACUCCAGUCGCUGUGAAAGCCUGCAGAGAGAAUCUGCCUGCAGAACACAAGAACAAGUUCCUAAUGGAGGCCAGGAUCCUAAAGCAGUAUGACCAUCCAAACAUAGUGAAGCUAAUCGGCGUCUGCACACAAAAACAGCCAAUUUAUAUCAUCAUGGAGCUGGUGCAAGGAGGGGACUUUCUAACCUUUCUGCGCACAGAAGGCCACAACCUGAAGACCAAGAUGUUGAUCAAGAUGGCAGAGAAUGUGGUGUCGGGCAUGGCAUACCUGGAAAGCAAGAAGUGCAUUCAUCGAGAUCUGGCUGCCCGUAACUGUCUCGUCGGAGAGGAGAGCGUGGUGAAGAUCAGUGAUUUCGGUAUGUCUCGUCAGGAGCAGGACGGUGUUUAUUCUGCUACAGGAGGAAUGAAGCAGAUCCCAGUCAAAUGGACAGCACCAGAAGCUCUCAAUUAUGGGCGAUACACCACAGAGAGUGAUGUGUGGAGUUUCGGAGUGCUGCUGUGGGAGACCUUCUCCAGAGGAGUCACACCAUAUUCCAUCCCGCAUAACAUGAAUAACCAACAGACCAGAGACGAGGUGGAGAGAGGAUAUCGUAUGCCGGCCCCAAAUAACUGUCCAGGUGAAAUCUAUGCCCUCAUGUGUCAGUGCUGGCAGUACGAUCCGAGAAAUCGACCCUCAUUUCGCAAACUAAAGGCAGAUCUGUAUGCUUUAUGUCAGUAAAACGCACACACACACACACGCUCACACAUGCUCACAUGUAAGUACAGCUUGUCUUAUGAUGAGGCCAAAGCAAAGAUUUAUUUUUUUAAUUUGUGUGCCACGGUUGUAAAAACCAAAUCUGCAUAUACAGUAAAGCGCACCAUCAGCGCCUUCUGACAGAGUACUGUUAAUAAGAGCAGAUUAUAAUUAAGAAUGUUUGAUUUUAUACACAUACUCCUGAAUGCUGUGCAAUGUGGCCUUUCAAAUGGUUUUAUUUGUGAAAUCCUGAUGUUUAAAAAAUGAAUUAAUUAU